AUGGACGCACGGCCUUUUCGACCGCGCGGCGAGAACGCCCAACAAUUUCUUCACCAGCGGCAGAAAUCAAUGGGAAAUAUCAGCAGCGCUCCGUCCGUCCCCGCAGCUGGAUUCAAGGGCCCUGCGAGACGUGCUGCCUUUGGCGAUGUGACAAACGUGUCCAAGGCUAUUGGAGGUCGUGGUGAGGAGGCUCAAGCCGCAAAGAAGUCUCUUGGGGUGUCGUCGAAUCAUGCGCCCUCGUCUUUUCUGAAUAAGGAAAACGUGGUAAGGCCUACCAAAGAUUCUUUCUCUCGCCCUGCACAGCGACCCGCAGCAAUGGCGAACAACAAAUCCAAGGCCACGACGACCGAACCCCGUGCGGAGCCGCUGCAGAAGAAGCCCACAAGCACAAGCAUCACCACAACCACUCUAGCUGCAGCAGCUACCUCUACUACUACGCAACAAUCCUCCUGCCACCUCGACGUUGAUAUUCCACAGCAACAAAACAGCGCUAAGAGCAGUGCUAUAAUGCAAAAGAAGACUCCUUCUCAAGCCACCUCUGAUGUGCAUGCGCUGCAACCUCGUCACUAUAGGAGCCAACCACAGCUGAAGCAGGAAUUGCCAACUUUACGAAGAACUCAGAGCAAAGUGGAAAAGGCCGAUCGAGCCUCAAGCAACAGCAAAAACAGCAACAAUAGGGAUAGCCUCGCCCCGAUCGACACCGAGCCACUAGUAAUGCCUGCGCUGAUCGAGGAUUUCUUGACCGGCCACGACUCAUAUCCGGACCCGCUCAACUUUCCAUCCGAAGAACCCUCACGAGCAGACGUUAAUCACGAUAAAGAUUAUGUUGAUGCGUUAUCCAAGCUUCCAAAUAUAUCUGAGGAACCCGCUAUCGGGGUCGUUCAAACCUAUAAAGAAGGUCUCACUCUUGCAUUCUCCGAAGCCGACGAGUACUGGGACAUAGACGAAGACGAGGACGAAGACGAUGGAUAUGACGACCACGAUCAGGGAUAUACGACGGCCCACUCGACUCGAUCCCGCGAUAUGACAUUAGCGAAUGCCACAACCAUGCUUGCGCCGCGGGUAUCUAGCCGUGUGCAGCGUGAGCUGGAAGAAGCCAGAAUUGAGGUUGAGCAAACCAUCACCCCGGAAGAAGUUGACGAAGAGCUGUGGGACGUCAGCAUGGUCGCCGAGUAUGGCGAAGAGAUUUUUGAGUAUUUGAGAGAAUUGGAGGUUAAGAUGCUCCCUAACCCUCAUUACAUGGAGAUGCAAACGGAAAUCCAUUGGUCUAUGCGGACUGUCCUUAUGGACUGGUUGGUACAGGUGCACCACCGAUUCAAUCUAUUACCCGAGACUCUUUUCCUUACUGUCAACUACAUCGACCGGUUCCUAUCCAGCAAGAUUGUGUCCAUCGGGAAGCUUCAGCUAGUAGGAGCUACGGCGAUCCUGGUCGCGUCCAAAUAUGAAGAGAUCAACUGCCCCUCAUUAGAGGAGAUUGUCUACAUGGUGGACGGUGGUUACACGGGAGAUGACAUUUUAAAGGCGGAGCGUUUUAUGCUCAGCAUGCUCGGCUUUGAACUGGGAUGGCCGGGCCCGAUGAGCUUCUUGCGGCGUGUUAGCAAGGCUGACGACUACGACAUCGAUACCCGAACUUUGGCUAAAUACUUUUUGGAGCUUACCAUCAUGGAUGAGCGCUUUGUGGCCUCACCUCCGAGCUUUCUGGCUGCUGGUGCACAUUGCUUAUCUAGGCUUAUUCUGGACAAGGGCGAAUGGACUAAGCGCCACGUUCACUACUCAGGUUACACAUGGAGUCAGCUCAAACCACUGGUGACCAUGAUGAUUGAGUGCUGUGAAAACCCUCUCAAGCAUCAUGGAGCUGUAUAUGAAAAAUAUCGAGAGAAAAGAUUUAAGGAAGCGUCUAUCCAGGUUCAGCACGCCCUUGACGCUGGAUUCACGCUUCCUCACCACUCCACACCUGUUCGUCGAUUGCGCCCGGCUCGAAUUCCGAGUGUCUCUGAGCUGCAGUAUGGCAACCUUCUCAUCCCCAUAGAAGGAUGA